GUGACUACGGCGGCCGCGCAGGCCCAAGCGGCUCCGGCCCUGCCCUCCGCGCUGCGGCCGGCGCCCGCCCUCGCCCCGCCCUGCUGAGUUUGGAGCCGGCGGGCGAGGCCUGCGCAGUCGCGGCGGCCGGGGAAGAUGGUGGAGGACGGUGCGGAGGAGCUGGAGGACCUGGUGCAUUUCUCCGUGUCCGAGUUGCCUAGUCGCGGCUACGGCGUCAUGGAAGAGAUCCGGCGGCAGGGCAAGCUGUGCGACGUGACCCUCAAGAUCGGGGACCACAAAUUCAGUGCUCACCGGAUCGUCUUAGCAGCCUCAAUCCCAUACUUCCAUGCUAUGUUUACAAAUGACAUGAUGGAGUGCAAGCAGGAUGAGAUUGUAAUGCAAGGAAUGGACCCAAGUGCCCUGGAGGCUCUGAUCAACUUUGCCUACAAUGGCCACCUUGCCAUUGACCAGCAGAAUGUCCAGUCAUUGCUGAUGGGUGCAAGCUUCCUGCAGCUACAGAGCAUCAAAGACGCCUGCUGCACAUUCCUCCGAGAACGGCUUCACCCCAAAAACUGCCUAGGUGUUCGCCAGUUUGCGGAGACAAUGAUGUGUGCUGUGCUGUAUGACGCGGCCAACAGCUUCAUCCACCAGCACUUUGUGGAGGUGUCCAUGUCGGAAGAGUUCCUGGCGCUGCCCUUGGAAGACGUGCUUGAGCUGGUGUCUCGGGAUGAGCUGAACGUCAGAUCAGAGGAGCAGGUCUUUGAAGCUGCUUUGGCCUGGGUUCGAUAUGACCGGGACCAAAGAGGGCCCUGCCUUCCGGAGCUGCUUUCCAAUAUCCGCCUGCCCCUCUGCCGGCCGCAGUUCCUGGCUGACCGAGUACAACAGGAGGACUUGGUGCGUUGCUGCCACAAAUGCAGAGACCUGGUGGAUGAAGCAAAAGACUAUCACCUCAUGCCCGAGCGCCGGCCGCACCUGCCAGCUUUCAGAACUCGGCCUCGCUGCUGCACGUCCAUCACUGGGCUGAUCUAUGCUGUGGGGGGCCUCAACUCAGCAGCAAAUUUUUAUGCAGGUGAUUCCCUGAAUGUGGUGGAAGUGUUUGACCCCGUCGCCAAUCGCUGGGAGAAGUGCCAUCCCAUGACGACAGCCCGCAGCCGCGUCGGAGUGGCUGUGGUGGACGGGCUGCUCUAUGCCAUCGGCGGCUAUGACGGCCAACUCCGGCUGAGCACUGUGGAGGUCUACAACCCAGAGACGGACGCAUGGACCAGAGUGGGAAGCAUGAAUAGCAAGAGAAGUGCCAUGGGGACAGUCGUGCUGGACGGGCAGAUCUAUGUCUGUGGGGGCUACGAUGGCAACUCGUCUCUCAACUCCGUGGAGACCUACUCACCUGAGACAGACAAGUGGACAGUGGUGACCCCGAUGAGCUCAAAUCGCAGUGCUGCUGGGGUUACAGUAUUUGAGGGCAGGAUAUAUGUGUCAGGCGGCCACGACGGUUUGCAGAUCUUCAACAGUGUGGAGCACUACAACCACCACACGGCCACCUGGCACCCCGCAGCACCCAUGCUCAACAAGCGCUGUCGGCACGGGGCCGCCGCCCUGGGAAGCAAGAUGUUUGUGUGCGGGGGCUAUGACGGCUCCGGCUUCCUCAGCAUUGCCGAGAUGUACAGCUCCGUGACUGACCAGUGGUGCCUGAUCGUCCCCAUGCACACGCGCCGGAGCCGGGUCUCCCUGGUGGCCAGCUGUGGGCGCCUCUAUGCCGUGGGGGGUUACGAUGGACAAUCCAACCUCAGCUCCGUGGAGAUGUAUGACCCAGAGACGGACCGCUGGACAUUUAUGGCCCCCAUGGCAUGUCAUGAGGGCGGGGUUGGGGUCGGCUGCAUCCCUCUCCUCACCAUCUAAGGCCAAGAGGGAGGAUGCGGUGGGGCAGGGAUCUGGUACAAACAGGCACUUUCUCCCAGGCACGGUCCCUCGUCGAGGGGCAAUACAUGAGGAGAGGGGUGGAAAGGCGAGCUCACCUGAGGUCGAGCUUUCCAGGUGCUCAAGUUUUCCCUCACUGUGCUGCUCUGGUGACCUUCACACCCGAGGUCCUCAAGAAGUACAGCAUGGGACAGAAGCCCCUCAGGGUCCCACAGCUGGCAACACAGGACAGCUUUGCUGGUCUACACCUCCACAGGCUCCAUCCAAGUCCAGCUCCCACCGUCGCUGCGCAGAGAGCCUUCCAUCCACCUGAUGCCGCUCCUCGCCUGCUCUCACCAGCCCCGCUGUGCCCAGCGUGUGGGCAGCAGGGUGACUGCAGGGGCCUAGCCCCAGGGGGAGACUGGGGUGUGGCCGGGACAGGCAGGACAGGCCCGGUGCCCCCCUGCCUGUGAGAAUGCAGCCACAGCUGUGGGCUGGCUGCCUCCAACUCCUCUUGCCAUCUCCUGACUCCCAUGGCAGGAAAAACAGGGACAACCUGCUUUUUCUUUGUUUUAUUUGGGGGUUUCAGUGAGGUCUGUUUCAUUUGAUUCAGGAGUAGCAGAAGAUGGAAUAAGAUACUUGAAAGAUAUAGAAGGGAAUUUCCACAAAGAAACACUUGAAAGAAACUGGAAAGAAAGAGAUGCUUUUAUAAACGAAUUUUUUUUUUUUUGGGCAAGAAGAAAACAUAAAGGACACUAACAGCAAAUAAAUACCUGUUCAAAUGAAAAGCCACCCCACAUGAAAAAGGGCAGAUUUUGCCCCUCCAUUCGGAUCCAAGGGUCCUAAGGCCUUGCGUGGCACUUGGGGUCUCCUCUGAACCCCGGUGUGUCUGGGAUCAGUGCCCUUCAUUUAGUCCUGCAGCAAGGUGCUCACGGGGUUUGUCUUCACACCCGCCAUCAGAGGACUUUUUAAUCACAGGCUUCGCCAGUCGACCGAAACUGCCACUCUUCUAGGUGGGAGCUGCCCACCAUCCCCACAGGCUCCAGGUAUCCCUGUGGCUGCCCCCCACUGCCACCAUGACACCCGUUCACACACACACACACACACACCAAUACACCCAUCCAUCCAUCCAUCCAUCCAUCCAUUCUCAUUUCUUACUUGACCAGCAGGAAGUAGCCAGUCUGGCCAGAAUGUCACUUGCCUGUCUGCCAUUCUUGGAUAGCUUUCCUCCUGGUGAUACUUCCGGAGCACACUGACCAUUUGUACCUCUAGAGCCUAACCAGGGACAUGGUCCUUCCGCCGGCCAUUGACUGGCUUGGUCCAGUAACCUCGUCUUCCCUGCCAGUCCACUACUCUUCCAUCCACUCGCCAAUUCCAGGGGUCUGGCCUCCCUCCUCCUGGCCCUUGGCAGACUGACCAGCAAAGGUAGACUUCUACAUUCAAGUAAAGCUAACUUUGUGACGUAAAAAAAGAACUAAAGGUUGAAUGAAUCUCUUGCUGCUGUACAGAACCGAUUUUAUAUUCCUUCCACUGAUCUUCGUGAAUGACCUCUUGAAGAGAUUCCUUGCUCCUCCUCCCACCCUCCUGGAUGGGAUCUUGAUGUAGCAAUGUGGGGACCAAAUGGGAAGACACUUCCUGUUACCAGUGCACCGGGCAGUGGGACUGUCCUCAAACUGCUGCUGCCAAAAUCUGGUUUUCCGAACUUCUUCCAGUAGAGACUGAAAGAGGAUACAAUUCCUGUAGCACAAGACUGUGUUUUAGGGUGUCGGUCUCCACCUGUUGAUCUCCUGUCAUUGCUGCCUGCCUGGGAUGGCCUGGAAACCUGUUCACAAAGGCACUGUGGUGCCUGGGACAACCGUCCCACCCCAGGCCUGUGAGGUUUACCAGUGAGUGCAAUCGCCAUGUGUCCAGAAGGAAGGACCUUUGUAGUCUGCCACUUAGGAUCUGGGCCUCUACUCCAAGCACUUGAAAAUGUUUAUUUUAAAAGACUUAACAAUUUGAUAGUUUAGGCUGGGCUCGUGGUGGAGCCCCGGCAUUUCUCACUCCCACUCCAUUUGCCCCCAGAGCCAGACUUUGGAAGAACGUUGGAGUCUUCAUUUCCUGUUAAAAAGGAGUGUAGCAGUGCUUCUCUUAUUAUAAGCCCCUUUUUGUGAAUUUGAAACAGCACUGAUGAGCCUGGAUUGUGAAGGUUUCAAGAAUCACUUGGGGCUGAGUGAGCCAACCCCUAGACCUUAGGAUGCUGGCCCAGCUCUUGCCUUUGGGAAUGAAUAGAUCAUUUUUCUCUUGACUUUUGUUGCUCUUGUAGUGGGUCUAAGCCCACUUCUGCUUUCUGGUACAGAAGUUUACAUCACUGUACCAGAUACCAGUGUUUCCAAGAUGGAUUCAGUGCUUUGAUCUAGGCUCUGAGCACAAGUGAACAAACUACUAUUUUCACAUUCUGCCAUUGGUCCCUUAAUCUGAUGGGGAAGACUAAAUGGUUGAUUUGGCCUCUUCCUGUUGGAGCCUUCCCAGUAGCACCAUGAGAAAAAGGGACAGAGCCAAGCAUAUUGUGACAAGGCUAUGACAUGGAGGCAAUAAAGCUGUGCCCAAUGGUGCUUGGAAGUCUAACCCAGCUCUGAGCAGGGGAUGGUGACAUUCACUGUCCUGGGGCAUUUUCCUUAGGUAUCACACAGAGCCUUCUUUUCUGGGUUUCAGCUGAGAUCAAAGCCAAGAUAGGAACUAAGGGCCAGCCUUUGACUUGGCCACAAGAGAUGUGACUAGAUAAAAAUUCUCCCUACUACCAAUUUAUUGUUUUCCAGAGAAUCUUAUUCCCUUUUAUUUAUAGAACGCAUGUCUUUUGUGUUAAUAAACCAAAGAUAAAUAAAGAGUACACUCCUAAUA